AUGGGUCGUGGCAAAUUGGCUUUAGAGCUGAUCCCCAAAGAGAAAGCGCGAAGGAUCACCUACGAGAAGAGAAAGAAGGGCUUGAUGAAGAAGGCCCAAGAGUUCACCACCUUGUGCGGCGUCGACACGUGCAUGGUCAUCUACGGCCCGGCGGGGUCCACCGCCACCACCGAGCCUGAGGUAUGGCCUGCGAGUCCGGAGAAGGUCAAGCUUGUCAUUGAGCGGUACAGGAGUGAAGGCGCCGACCGCCGUGCCAAGAGGACGAUUGGGCUCCCUGAGUUUUUUGCUAACCGGAAGAGGAAGGUCGAUGCCGAGCUCGCCAAGGCACGGCUAGCGAACUGGGAGGCCAAGUACCCGGUCUCGGAGGCGCUGAUCGAGGGCUUCUCCGAGGAGGACCUGAGGAGGCUCUUGGGCUCUCUAGGGCACAAGCUGGAGGUGGCCAAGGCGAGGCUGGCCGUGAUGAAGGAGGACGCAAUGAGGAGAUCAUCCAGCCAUGUGUACGAUCAUCACAUACAUGCGAACGAUCAUGUCUAUCAUCCUCAUCACAUGCAGGGCAUGUUUCAGGACCAUAUUAUGCCUGUCCCAAUGAAGCAGUCACCAACUGAUGUAAAACCACAUCUUGACUUGCCAUAUCAUAUGAUGCAGCAGCAGCAGCAACAACCCCUGUUCGAACCAGACUGUCUCAAUUCUUCAAUCCCGAUGCCGAGUGAGUGGUGGGCGCAGAAGAACCAAUAUCUGAACCACAUCCCGCCCGUGCCGAGCGGCUGCAGCGGUACUACACUCGUCAACAACUUCCACCACUCGGUCAGCUUUCCCACAAUGCAGAACUACCAGUUUGCCACCCUGGAAGGGAUGAUGCUCUCCGAGAUGUCGGCAUACGGCCCCAUCAAAGGGAACACGUCGCUGGGAGGCACUGCCUCGAGCUCUGCGGCGUGCUACAACAACACGCAGUUGGUCCAGCCAGCCCCGCCACCCGUGCCCCUCUCAGUGAUGCGGGGCGAUCCAAUCCCGACCCAGAUGAAGCAGGCUUCCACGCAGUUUCAUGAAUAUCGCUGA